GACCGGAAGUGCCGGCGGCGGGGUCUCGAGCUGUGUUCAGUCACUGCCCUGCUCCCCUGGCUCCGGUGAACUCACGCUGGUGGGGGGUGGGGGGGUGUAGAGGAGGCCCCUGCUGGGCGGGGCCUGGCGCUCCAGAGGCCCCAGAGGCCCCCUCAGACCCCAGUUCCCGUUUCGCCCGCCCUCCUUGCAGCCGCCACCUAGCGGAAGUCUGCAGGGCCGAGGCAGCAGACAGGAGACCUCAGAGAUCCCUUUUGGCUCGUACAAGGGCAAAGGCUAAGUGCGUGACGUUUGCAGACUCGGCUGACUUUGAAUUCCGUCCUUUCCGCUUCUUAGCUGUGUGACCUUGGGUCGGUCAGUAGCCUCUUUCCAGCAUUUAGAUCGUAAAAUGAGGUAUGACUCGUUCUCCGAGGACCCUCCUGGUGUCCAUAUACUUUGAUGCAGGGAGUGGAGAGUCCUGACCAGAGGCCUCUCCACGGCUCUUCGGGACCGAGGUGAGAGUCACGGAAAAGAGCAUUUUCUGCCUUUGCUGCCAAACGUCUUGCCCUGAGAAGUCUGGGCUUUUAAAGGAGGCCAUCCAUUUCCUAUCCAUUCGGGAGGCAGUGACCUAGGCAUACUACCCCAAUGCUGCAAGAAGGAGGUCUUUAUUCUCAGGACUCUGUCCUUUCUGAAGAAGGGAGACUAGAAGAUGAGGGUAUGGCUGGUGUGCUUUUGACAGCCAAGUCCCAGGAAUCUGUGGCAUUUAAAGAUGUGGUCAUGGACUUCACUCCGGAGGAGUGGAAGCAACUAGAACUUCCUCAGAAAGACCUAUACAAAGAUCUGAUGUUGGAGAAGUAUAGGAAUUUGGUUUUGCUGGGGCUUCCAGUUUCUAAACCUGAUGUGAACUCUGAGUUGGAGCAAGGAGAAGGAGAAGAAUCAUGGAUACCCAGGAAAGAAGUUCCAGGAAGCACUUGUUCAGACUGGGAGACUGUACCUAAGUCCAAAAAAUCACCCCCAAAUCUUGACUUUUUUGAAGAUGACUCACCUGCAUCUGAAAAAGCAAUAAUGGAAACACUGCCAAGGAUUAGUCCAGAGAACCCCACCUUUCAAGACACAUGGGAAUGUGAUGGCAGAUUAGAGAGGCAACAGGAAAACCAAGAGAGAGAUUUAAGGCAAGUAAAAAUCACGCACAAGAAACCUUCCCCUGGAGAGAGAGGUCAUGAAAUUAGUGAACUUGGAAGGAACUUUGGUUUGAGGUCAGUCCUUGUUACACAACAGAGAAUUCCUAUAGGAAAAGGCCUCUUUAAAUAUAAUACACAUAGGAAGAAUUCAGAACUACUUAAACAUCGUAAGAUACAUGCUGGAGAGAAACCCUAUACUUGUAAUGAUUGUGGGAAAGGCUUCAGCUACUGCUCAUCCCUUUCUCAACAUCAGAAAAGUCAUACUGGAGAGAAACCAUAUGAAUGUAAUGAAUGUGGGAAAGCCUUCAGCCAGAGCUCAUCCCUUGUUCAGCAUCAGAGAAUUCAUACUGGAGAGAAACCUUAUAAAUGUAAUGAAUGUGGGAAAGCUUUCAGCCAGAAUGCAAACCUGACAAAACAUCAGAGAACUCAUACUGGAGAGAAGCCUUAUAAAUGUAAUGAAUGUGAGAGAGCCUUCAGUGACUGCUCAGCCCUUAUUCAGCAUCAGAGAAUUCAUACUGGAGAGAAACCCUAUGAAUGUAACGAAUGUGGAAAAGCCUUCCGCCACAGUGCAAAUCUCACAAAUCAUCAAAGAACUCAUACUGGAGAAAAACCCUAUAAAUGUAUUCAGUGUGGAAAAUCCUUUGGUUAUUGUGCAGCCUUCAUUCAGCAUCAGAGAAUUCAUACUGGAGAGAAACCCUAUAAAUGUAAUGAAUGUGGGAAAGCCUUUAGUCAGAGUGCAAAUCUCACGAACCAUCAGAGAAUUCAUACUGGAGAGAAACCUUAUAAGUGUAAUGAAUGUGGGAAAGACUUUAGCCAGAGUACAAACCUCAUCAUCCAUCAGAAAAUUCAUACUGGAGAGAAACCUUAUGAAUGUAAUGAAUGUGGGAAAGCCUUCAGUGAUAGCUCAGCUCUUAUUAGACAUCAUGUCAUUCACACUGGAGAGAAACCCUAUGAAUGUAAUGAAUGUGGGAAAGCUUUCAAUCAGAGCUCAUCACUUACUCAGCAUCAGAGAACUCAUACUGGAGAGAAACCUUAUAAAUGUAAGGAAUGUGGGAAGGCUUUCAGGUGUAGUUCAGCCUUCAUCAGACAUCAAAGACUCCAUAUAGGAGAAUAAACACAGGACCAUUGAAAGCAGGGAAUGUCUCAGUCACAUAUUUAUUUAUUUAUUUUUGUUUGAAGUGGCCAGUUGUUAGGAUGAAAAGAGUCCUUAAGGGAUUGUAAGCUAUUUGAGAGCAGGCUUUUGUUGCAGAUUUUUUCCCUUUUAUAACAGCUUUUAUAAGGACCACAUACAGAGGCCCUUAAUAAAUGCUUGUUGAUUUAA